UGAGCACAAACAUAUUUAAACAUGACAUCCAUUCAGCCUCAAAUCUGCAAAAAUUGGCAAGCAACAGCGGGUCUGUUGCGGGCGUCUUCCACUGCUGUCCGAGUGCCACUGCGUCCUCUCCAUUAUCAAGCUGCAGAGAAGUCGGCCUGCACCACUAGAAGAGCACCUCUAAGAUCGUUAUCAGUUUAUGCAAGGCCGCUGUCAGAACAACGUGCUCAGAAUACACGCACCUACCCUAACAAACAUUCCUUGAAUGGGACGGUUCCUCGAGCAACAUACAGCACUGCAACCAUGGAACCAGGAGAACCAACCAUUCACAAUGUGUUUGAAGGCAAGACAGGCACCUGGCAAUAUGUGGUAGCCGAUCCAGCGACAUCGACAGCCGUCAUCAUCGAUCCGGUCCUGGACUAUGACCCCGCCACCCAGGUCAUCACCACGGAGUCCGCUGACACGCUCCUGUCCUUGAUCAAGGAGAAGGGAUACAGAGUCGAUAGAAUUCUUGAAACGCAUGCACAUGCCGAUCAUCUCACCGCAGCGUCCUAUCUACAGAAGCGCUUAGCCGAGAACCAAGGCCACCGGCCGCCCAUCGGGAUCGGCAAGCGCAUUGGACAGGUGCAGAAGGUGUUUGGUCAGAGAUACGGCAUUCCUGCGCAGGAAUAUGAAGACGUCUUUGACAAACUGUUUGAGGACGAUGAGACAUUUAAGAUUGGCAAUUUGACGGCCAAGGCCAUUCAUCUUCCUGGACACACACCGGACCAUCUGGGAUACCACAUUGGAGACAAUAUUUUCAGCGGUGAUCUAAUCUUCCAUUUGGAUAUUGGCACCGCACGAUGUGAUUUCCCCGGCGGCAGUGCAAACAAGCUCUAUCAAUCAGGGCGGAAGGUCUUGGGUUUGCCGGAUCACGUCAUGAUCUGGACGGGCCACGACUAUCCUGCCGAGGGGCGCAAGGAUCCUGUUCCCUCGCUGAGCGUCCAGGAACAUAGGCAGCAAAAUAGACACCUUAAAGAUGGCGUUACCGAAGAGGAGUUUGUAGCGCUCCGGAAGGAGCGUGAUUCGAAGUUGGCUGAGCCGAGACUGCUCCACCAGUCCCUGCAGAUGAACAUUCGGGCUGGACGAUUGCCGAAGCCUACAGAGUCAGGGCAACGACUGCUCCACCUUCCGUUGAAAUUGAAGCGCUUGACAUGGUAGUGCUGGUACAGUGAGACGAAGCUGCAAGAUAUCGGUAGUUUGUACAUAUACACACAGAGUAAUUGUAGUAAAAUAUUUUGAUAUUGGUUACCAGAGUGGAGU